AUGUCGGAACGAGGCUCAUUCCGUGGUGGUGGUCAUGGUGGUCGGGGCGCCCGCGGCGGCGGAGGCGGUGACCGUCGGGGCGGCGGCUCCACCCGUGGCGGUGCACGCCAUCAAGGAGGAGAUCGAGGAGAUAGAGGAGAUCGACAUGGAGGAGACAGAGACCAACAAGAGAAGCCCAAAAAGGAAAAUAUUCUGGAUUUGACAAAGUAUAUGGACAAGGAGGUUAUUGUGAAGUUUAAUGGUGGUCGGGAAGUCAGCGGCAUACUGAAAGGGUAUGACCAGUUAAUGAACCUUGUUCUGGAUGAUGUCAAGGAGAAGAUGCGUGAUGAAUCUGGAAAAGAGGCUACACGCUCACUUGGCUUGAUCGUUGCUCGUGGUACACUUCUUGUCCUUAUUUCGCCGGCGGACGGUAGUGAGGAGAUUGCCAAUCCAUUUGUGCAGGCAGAGGAAUGA